AUCCGUUUUAGCAGCCAUCUUGCCAGGGGCUCGAGUCGUUUGAACGGUCGGCUCCUCAGUCUCUCCCCCGCCGCCACACCCCCACCGCCGCCGCCACACCCCCGCCGCCCCUCCGUGGGCGGCUCCGCGUUCGUCGCUUUGCUUAGCGGCCGUUAGGCCACAGGCAGUGGGCCACUCACCAUGGACGGCCCUCCUGUCGGUCUGGGGACGGAGAGACGAGUCCGAACUGCGCUUCGGGGUUGCCCUGAGAAGCCGCAGAAGUGCAAUAAAGGUUUAACCCAGAAGAAUUUAGCUAAAGAGUUUGACUUCCCCAUACCUUUGAGUGAAACUUCCAAAAUAAUGAAGAAGAAGAACAAAAAGGUUUUAGUAUGGAGCGGAGUGUACAAAGUCAUUUCAAAGAUGCUUGAAGAGAAUGAGAAAUACAGACUUAGGCUGAAAUGCCAACAGUUGUCUAGAGAAAAUUCAAAAGAUAGAAAAUGAAUCUUCUUGUCAUCUUCUGGUUUAACCUAUUUCUGGAUCUGUUUGUCAAAGAAGAUUAUGAAGAGUUUAAAGAUGGAAUUUUAACUUGUCAUAAUUAUAUGGUUUGUUAGAAUUAGAACUUAAACAGUUGAGCAGAAGAAACUAUGCUUUUUAUCAAUUAGUGUUUCUUUGAAAAUUAAUAAAAAUUUUAAAUGUUAUAUGCA